GCGUCAGGCCCUGACGGGCGCGGCGGGCGAGGCGCCGCCUUGGCGCGCAGGAGAGGCGUCCCGCGGGAAGGGGGGCAUCAGGUUUUUCUGUAUGAGUGGAGAAGACAGUGGUUGCAAGUAGAAGUGACACAACAUUUUUUAGGAUGUCUGAAGAUGAAGAAAAAGUGAAAUUACGCCGUCUUGAACCAGCUAUCCAGAAAUUCAUUAAGAUAGUGAUUCCAACAGACCUGGAGAGGUUAAGAAAGCACCAGAUAAAUAUUGAGAAGUAUCAGAGGUGCAGAAUCUGGGACAAGUUGCACGAAGAGCAUAUCAAUGCAGGACGUACAGUUCAGCAACUCCGCUCCAAUAUUCGAGAAAUGGAGAAGCUUUGUUUGAAAGUCCAAAAGGAUGAUCUAGGACUUCUGAAGAGAAUGAUAGAUCCUGUUAAAGAAGAAGCCUCAGCAGCAACAGCAGAAUUUCUCCAACUCCAUCUGGAAUCUGUAGAAGAACUUAAGAAACAAUUUAAUGAUGAAGAAACUUUAUUACAGCCUUCUCUGACCAGAUCCAUGACUGUUGGCGGAGCAUUUCACACUACUGAAGCUGAAACUGAUCCUCAGAGUAUGACUCACAUAUAUGCGUUGCCUGAAAUUCCUCGAGAUCAAAAUGCUGCGGAAUCAUGGGAAACUUUAGAAGCGGACUUAAUUGAACUUAGCCAACUGGUCACUGAUUUCUCUCUCCUAGUAAAUUCUCAGCAGGAGAAGAUUGACAGCAUUGAAGACCAUGUCAACACUGCUGCUGUGAAUGUUGAAGUGGGAACCAAAAACUUGGGGAAGGCUGCAAAAUACAAGCUGGCAGCUCUGCCUGUGGCAGGUGCACUCAUCGGAGGAGUGGUGGGGGGUCCGAUUGGCCUCCUUGCAGGCUUCAAAGUGGCAGGAAUUGCAGCUGCACUUGGUGGUGGGGUGUUGGGCUUCACAGGAGGGAAACUGAUACAAAGAAAGAAACAGAAAAUGAUGGAGAAGCUCGCUUCCAGCUGUCCAGAUCUUCCCAGCCAAACUGACAAAAAAUGCAGUUAAAAACCAAACUUCAGUAUUAUUGGUACCACACAUCUAUCCUAAUGAGGACCUUUGCUGCUGUUGGACACUCAGUCAGCUUUUCAAUAUGAUUAUAUCAAAAUAGUGGCUGCAGAUGCUCAAGUGGGACUGAACGGUGAUAAGUGGAUAUAUUUCCUUGUUUGCUGGGUGUUAAUGGAGAUGUUAGAGAUUGAGGAGCCUGGGCUGAGGGUGCAUAAUGUUUGUCAGGUCAAGUUUAAAGACUGCCAGGGAGCAGAUUUUCUACCCGGAAAUAUGAAAACUGAACCCAUAGCUUUGAUAGGGACUUGAGAUGUGUGGACAUGUUGGGUUACGGAACAAUAGUUUCUUCCGUAACCCUGACUUGGAGAUCCUAAGGGUAAGCAUAUUACAAAUAUGCUUAUUUAUCUCCUAAAUACAAGAGAUUAUUUAGGCCUGUUAGCAAAGAAAAGAAUGGGUGUUCAGGAGCCUUUGUUGUCAAAUGGGGAGAUCAGGAUCUAGCGAGAGGCACAGGUGAACUACACAACAGAGUCCAUUUGGUGAACCCUAUCGCAGUUUGGUGCAACUAUAGUUUCUGGUGAAGGAAACUAAUAAUGUAAGAAAAUGGAAAGAGAGGCCCAACUUCUCUUUCAAAUAUCUUAAUUUGUGACACUAGCUGCUUCUCUGAACUCUUCCUUCUGCCUGUCAUUUAAAUAACACAGAAUCUCAAGUGGUAGGAGACUUAUUAACCCAGUCAGUAAGCUUGCUCUGUCAGCCUAUCUCUUAAUGCCUCAAAGAUCUAGUGCCCUCUGUCUUCCCUCCCUUGUAAUUUUGAAAAGUUCUUUGACUUGUAGGGUGAAUUUUACACAUGUGUAAUGAGGACUUGUCUCAUAAUUUGCUUUUUUGUAUUGUCUCCCAUCUCUGUUCAUCCUUUCCUGUGACCUCUAGGUAAAAAAGAAAGAAAGAAAGAAAGAAAGAAAUAUCCACAUAUUUCCAACAUUGUUAAAGUCUGAGCUAAAAAAAUAAGCAGGGGC